AUGUCUGGUUUAGGUGGUGACUUUGCGGUGAAGUUCGCCCGCGAAACAUGGGCUCUAUAUGCUGUCGGCGUCUUGGGCGCCGUCCUGCGAUUUACUGCCCGUAUUCGACGUUUAGGCAUCCGCAACCUCCAAGUAGAUGACUAUCUUAUGAUUUUCGCGGUGGUCUGGUACACACUACUAUGUGUCGCUUUAAAUCAAGUUGCUUCUGGUGGAGGAUCCAACUUGAUGACCGACGAAGACAGACUACACUUGACGCCCCAAAGCAAGGCCGAGCGAAUUCGUGGCAGCAAAUGGGUUUUUGUCUCGGAGCAUUCGUUUGUUCUCUGCGUCUGGGGUCUGAAGGCAUGCAUGUUGGUGAUCUAUGCCCGUAUCACUGAGGGACUGAAGCAAAGAAAGUGGAUUAAUUAUCUCGCUAUCUAUGUCGCCAUUGGAUUUGUCGUCACGGAACUAUCCCUCUUCCUCAUCUGCCGCCCAAUAACGGAAUACUGGGCUGUUCCAACGGACAACUACCAAUGUUCAUCCUACCAAUACUACGAAAUUGUCCAAGGCUGCAUCUCCAUCUCCGCCGAUAUUUUCAUGCUCUUAAUCGCCAUCCCAAUGCUCAUCCAAGUCCGGGUCCCGCUCAAGCAGAAGCUGAUCCUCGUCCUCCUUUUCGGAAUGGGAAUCUUCGUCAUCGUCGCCGCCGUUCUGAACAAGGUGUACUGCCUGGUCCCCGCGCUGAUCUCCUACGUCUACAUGAACUGGUACUUCCGCGAAGCAACCGUCGCCAUCCUAGUGACCAACCUGCCUCUAAUUUGGUCUCUUCUGCGCGACGUCUUCCCCGCCCUCAAGAGCUGGACCGGAGGCUCCAAGCGCGGCACUGAUCGCUACAAGUCCGGGCCCUGGACCAGCAAGGGCGGCUCCAACCUUCCUCCUUACGGCCCACCGAGCAAUCUCCGAUCAGGCGACUUCGGCAUGCAAGACUUCCAACGCAGUGCUACCAUUACUCCGCAGAAGGCAACUGCUUCCGAUAUCAGCUUGCCGCCUAGUGAGGAGCGUGAUGUUAGCAGUGACGAUGGCUCUGCGCGCGCCUUGCGCAUUCGUCAAGAUAUCACCGUGACCGUGCAACAUGACUCUCGGCCGAUGGAGUAUCAAUCAAAUUCCUCGCACGUCGUCCACAAGGCUCACGAGGAGGUCUAA